GCGGGUGACAGAACAAAAAAGAAUCGGCAAACUACAGCUAAUUCAAAUGCUCUAAAGCUUAGUUGUGAACUCAUUCGCAUUUUUGUCACAGAGGCUGUGCAACGUUCUGGUUUGAUAGCUGAAGCAGAGGGUAUUAAUAAAAUUGAACCUACUCAUUUAGAGAGAGUACUUCCACAAUUGCUUCUGGAUUUUUGAGUUGUUAUUUCAUGAUUUGUAAUGAAGCAAAAUUUGGAGAUGUUGAUAGUGAAAUCAGAGGGGCACUUGAGGCCUGACGCUGGAGAUAAAGCCCAUCUUUUGUUCAGUUGGCCUGGAAUUCCAUUGUCAGUCCGCCUAUGUGGAUUUGGACUAAGCUGCAUGUCUUCUGACCAAGUCUGCUGGUUGAUCAGUUGUCCUGGUCACUCAAGUAACUGAAGUAGGGUCACUAGUAGAAACAACCUAGAUCUUAUAUAUUCAAUUUCUCUCGAGAUGAAAGGAGGAAGCUGAAUGACUUCAUUGAUUAAAUACUUGCCUUGCAAAAAGUAUGGUUACUUGCACCAGUUUUGAGAGAAUUAUGAAGGUGUUACUGGUUGGGCAGGUAUUUUAAAAACUGGUUACUGAAACCUAGAUUUUCGGUAGUCUAGGUCUAUUGAAAUUGAGAAAUGUUGAAGAGUUGAUUGACCCAUCUUUACCAUGUUGAAUUCUUCAAAUUAGGAGGUAUUGAAAUUGAGAAAUGUUGAAGAGUUGAUUGACCCA